AUGUGCGGUGAUGAAGAAUUUUUCAAAGUUAAAAAACCAUCCUUCAAUGAAGUGACCUUUAGAAUUCAAAAGAAGGAAAGCCUACGGCCUGCGCAGACAGAAAUUGAAGACAGCAAAAAUAUCAGUCAGUUGGAGCCUAGAACUGGCAACAGCAAAGGUGCUCGUGAAGGCGAAGAGGAGAAGGGGGAUGGAAGUUACUCUUCACUAAGUGAGGACUCCAGCAGCUCAGAGUCUGAAAAUGAAUCCAGGUCUCUACAGAGGGGGAAGGAUUUAUCACCAGGUCAUAUCCCCAGUGCAGCUCAUAUUGAGGCUGCUCGGAGGAAACGUCACUUAGCCAGGACACAGGCUGAUUAUCUUCCUCUGGAUGUUUCAAAAAGUCAUCAGGGCUCUCAGAGAAGAGAAAGCAGUGACUUGGAGAGUGAAGAUGAGUCUGAUAUGAAGAAUCUCAAUUUUGUUCCCAAACUGAGAACUCUGAGGCAGAGAAUGGCUGAACACAUGGUGUCUGUGAGUGAUGAAUCUAGUGAAGAUGAAGCACAAAUUAAGUGGGAAGAACAGCAAAUAAAGAAAGCCGUUAAACUCUCUCAGGAAACUUACGGUGAUGCUUCCCUGCAUAAAUCUCAACCAGCUAAACCAAAGUUUGAUCCCUCUGUUUCUCUACCACCCAUGAACUUGGAAAUUGUGAAGAAGCGACUGACUGAAAGGAUAACAUCAUUACAGGAUGUACACCGUGCCCACCAGAGGGAGUAUGAAAAAUAUAUGGAGGACAUUGAAAGUUCAAAAAUGACUGUCCAGGAAUUAGAGAAGUCUUCGGAUGCAGCUCUGAAUUACAAAUUCUACAGAACCAUGAAAACAUAUGUAGAAAACCUGAUAAACUGUUUGAAUGAAAAACUGAAAUACAUUAAUGAGGUAGAAUUGGCUGUACAUGUGCUUCUUCAGCAACGAUCCGUGUCUGUGUUGAAACGAAGGCAAGAUGAGCUGAAAAAUGAAUCUGCUUAUAUUCAGCAUUUGAUAGGUGGGAAUGACAAGCCAGCUAAUGGUGGAUUCGAAGGUGAUGAGAAGACACAGCUUCUGGAAGUAUGUGAACAUCGAAGGACUUGCAGACGGCAAGUGAGAGAGUGUUCAGGAGAAGCUGAUCACCAUGAAGGCAUGUCGAGUGACGAUGAGCUGAGCCUGCCAGAGGUGAAGGAGUUCCAGAAGAACAGAGAUAACGUUUUAGAGGAUAGUAGGAAAGUCUUUGAAGAUGUACAUGCAGAUUUUUGUGACAUCAGAAAAAUCCUGUUGAAAUUCCAGGAAUGGAAAGAGAAGUUUCCUGACACUUACUGUGAUGCUUAUAUCAGUUUCUGCCUGCCUAAGAUAUUAAAUCCAUUGAUCAGAGUUCAGUUAAUCAGUUGGAAUCCUCUUGAGGAGAAUUUUAUGGAUCUGGAAGAGAUGCCCUGGUUCAGAGCUAUAGAAGAAUUCAGUGGUGCCAAAAACACACAUGAAUCAAAAAGGGAUGAUGAUCCUGAUGAAGAAGUUUUGCCUAGAGUGGUUGAAAAAACUAUUCUUCCCAAAAUCACAGCAUUUGUAAAGAGUGUGUGGGAUCCUUUAUCUACUUCACAGACAAAGAACCUUGUACAACUUUGCAAUCACAUCUUUGAAAAACAAGUCCUUUCCAAAAAUGAAUGCAGUCGAGGAAAAGAGGAUUUGAUCAACAUGGUUGUCGUAAGAAUGAAGAAAUCCAUAGAGGAAGAUGUCUUUAUUCCUCUAUAUCCUAAAAGCACUGUGGAAGACAAGUCAUCACUAUGUUCAAAAUUUCAAGAAAGACGCUUUUGGUCAGCUGUUAAGCUGCUCUCCAAUGUUCUUCUUUGGGAUGGGAUUGUACAAGAAGAUAUACUCCGUGAUUUGGGACUGAGCAAGUUGCUGAAUCGUUACCUCCUUCUGAUCCUCUUAAACACACCACCAGGGCCAGAUCAUACAGAGAAGUGUAACAAGGUGGUUGCAUGCUUCUCAGAAAGAUGGUUCCAAGAUCUUAAAAGUGGAUCAACUCUCCCCGAAUUACGGAACUUCUGCCAGCACUUGCUGCGAUGUGCCCGUACACUACACAAGAAUAACCACAGUGAUGAAACAAAAGAAGUUCUUCUCCUGCUGGUGAAAGUCAAAGCUCUUCGUAUUGUUGAAGACUUCAUUGAAGAGUAUAAACUUGAACACCUUAAACCAAUGAUUGGGAAAUAGAUAUUUUUGAAGUGACGUAUUACUGAAACAAGCCUGCUAUUCACACUAAACCAGUUCUAAUAUGAAAUUAGUGAAUCCUGCCUACUCAAAGAUGUAGUUAUCGCUGUCUUACCAUUAAGUACUUGAGGGUUUUUUUUCCAAAUGUCUUUAACUGCCAUCUGCUCCUAGGUUAAGGAAUCUUUUCAGAAGUUACGGUUGUCACAGGAAAAGUGAUUGGUUCAGGCACUCUAAAAUGUAUGACAGUACCUUAUUGUCUUACCCUUUUUGUAAGGGUUCUUGGAAAGAUAGAAGGUGCCUGUAAAGUUUAUUACUGCUGUCCACUAGACAACUUUACAAGCUAUUUUCAGUAUGAAUUGCCACAUAUCACCCUGACCCAGCAGUCACUGAACUCUUUUAACUUGUGGUCCACAAUGAUUUUUUGGUGGAGUUAUUGUUAAGCCAUUUCUAGUGGAAAAAAAAGUUUAUAGUGUUGCAGCGGUUUGACCCUGGUACAGAAACAAGGGAAGCUGGUGUGCAGACCAGGAGUCUGAUGAAUGUUUACUGAUGGUAAAUGUGGGUUCAGUGAGGUAAGAGCUGCACAGGAGAAUGUCUGGGAAAGAGCAAACACGCAGUGAAGAUAAUGUCUGAUGUGUGUUGGAGUUUUGUAUCCAAGUGAUACAGACUGAACUCGUGUGCUCCGAGCUAGUGUUGUCACCCAUCCUACUUUGUCAGGCUUUUAAUAACGAACAUCUUGAUGAUGAGAAGCACAAGAACAACUUCAGUUGCUUUCUAGGAACUGACUCUAGGAAAGUCUGCCUUUUCCUUCCCAGCAAGAUCUACUGAACCUUAUUUUAUCAUACCCUUAUUAGAUGUCUAAUGUUUCAUAACUUUAUUGCAAAUACACAAAGUUAUAAAACAAGGAUGCAUUAUUGUAGAAACUGUAGUGCAUCACAGAUGCUGUAUGUUUACUUGUGACUAUCUCCACAAUCUGGAACUAGAAUUUAAUUCUUGCAAACUUAAUCCCUGUGAUUUCUUUUCUAUUUUUUUAAGUUAAGAAUAUAUUUUUGUAACAUUUUAACUGUAAAUAGCUUUGAACAGUGUUACAGACAAAAGAAGACUUUUAAAAUAAUUUUAUUUUGAAAAUAAAGUAUUUUGCUGUGUUAAUGAGACUCGUACAGUUGAAUUCUUUAACAUGUGACAAGAAUGUUGUUAGAGGUAUUGAAAAAAACCUGUGUUAGCCCUCACUUCAGGAGAUAGGAGUUAUAAUGUAACUCCUGCUUUCUAAUUAAAUUUCUGUUGCUUUUCCUCUUAAUGCCAACAAAUAUGCAGUAGCUGAUCAGCAAUCCCCCCAACCUCAUGAUCUCACUGCCUUCUCUUGUUCUCCUUUAGCUGGGAUGAGGCAAAGGUAGCCUUGGGCUACUAUAAAAACACAAUAGGUACUCUACCACACCUUAGCUCUGUAGAUCAAUCUUUCUGGAAGAAAGAUUACUUGUAGUAACUUGUAAGCAUGGGAAGGCAGUUAACCCCUCUGUGCUUCUAUGGAAAUAGUUUUAUGAAACCAGUUGUCCUGUAUUGAGAACCUACA